AUGCAUUCGUUUUUAAGUCGUCUAAAUACACUAUUUGCUUUUACACUAACUGUUCUUGCUGUUCUAACAACUGGCGUAUUUCUUUCAACUUAUUUUGAAAAAUAUUAUAGUACUGUAUCGAUUGGUGUGAGUAAACCAGUUGUAAAACAUAUGACCGAUUUUUCGGCUAAUCGUAAAAAAAAUGAUUUAGGUGUAUUACAACUUAAUUUAGACACGAAUCUUGAUCCACUAUUUGAUUGGAAUGUGAAACAAUUAUUUUUAUACUUAAUUGCAGAAUAUGUUACACCAGCUAAUAGUCUUAAUCAAGUUGUUUUAUGGGAUAAAAUAAUACGGCGAGGCGAGAAUGCACGUCUUAAUCUACAUGAAAUAGCAACAAAAUAUUAUUUUUGGGACGAUGGAGAUUACUUAAAAUCAAAUAAUGUUACAUUGACACUUGGCUGGAAUGUUAUAUCAAAUGCUGGUCGUUUAAUUCAUGUUAGAGGAAAUGGAUCAACAUCAUUUGUUUUUCCUGCUCAAUAUGCAUCAAGUCGCUUGGCUAAUUCAAAAUCAAGUGGUCAAGAGUAA